GGUCACGGAACGCUAUAAAGGCAACGCGCUGCGACCACUGGUAAAGUCAAACAGUGCGAGAAUAGGAUCAGGUUCAAAUUCACUUCUUUGUUUUGUACGCUGUGUUUACGUAAUGCGCGGAUUACUGCUGAUUUCCGAGUUCGUGUUCAACCUCGCGCUCAUCCUCAUCCCUGCACCAGGAGAACAGUCUCCACUACCAGGGCCGGAGCCGAUCCGGUGCGCGCCGUGUUCCCCGGAGAAGCUGAGCGCAUGUCCGGCCGCUCCAUCUGGCUGCAGGGAGCUGAUGAAAGAGCCUGGAUGCGGCUGCUGCAUGACCUGCGCUCUGCCCGAGGGCUCCCCGUGCGGGAUUUAUACAGCGCACUGCGGCACAGGACUGCGCUGCACGCCGAGAGCCGACGAUCCGCACCCACUUCACUCGCUCACUCGCGGACAGGCUGCGUGCACCGCGGACCACGCCGCACAAGGUGCGUCUCCUCUCUCUUCCGCCGAAUCCCCGUUUGUCGAUCAGAUGCUAAACCAUAACCGUCUCCUUUCAGAGGAGGCCGGAGAGCUCAGCGUCCCUUUACACCACCUGCUCGGACUGGAUAAAGCCGGAGACCCGGAGGCGCACGAAAGCAUCAAGGCUAAAGCCAACGCCAUCCUGAAGAAGCUGGUGGAACUGGGUCCGUGCCACACCGAACUGCACUCUGCUCUGGAUACUAUUGCGGCCUCGCAGCAGGCUCUGGGCGAGAAGUUUACUACCUUUUACCUUCCCAACUGCGACAAGCAUGGCUUUUACAAGACCAAGCAGUGCGAGACGUCCCUCGUCGACCAGCCCGCACGCUGUUGGUGCGUUUCCGCCUGGAACGGAAAGAGAAUCGCAGGAUCCAGUGAUGUCCACGAAGAUGCCCUCUGCCACCAGGAGAUCAGUCACUGAACCCUUCCACUACUCUCUCACACACACACUUACAGUACACACAAGCUGCAUUUCAUAAAACAAAGCACUUUUCUGAAUAAGGACUACCUAAAAUCUACAUAUCAUUUGCACAAUUGGUUCCAGCCCAGAGCUAAAGAUAGUAUGUUAGUAAAUACACUAUACAUUUUCUUUCUUUUCAAGAGAUCGACUUUCUUAAUUUAUUAUUUUUUUUUCAUAUCACUACGUAUUUAUUGAAUGUUCCUAAAUAAGAAAUCAUUGACAAGUAUUUAUUUUAGCUGAAAUUGUAUAUUGCUACUGUUAUAUUUUUAUAUAUAUAUUUUUGUUACUAUUACUAUUGUUUGGACUAAACAACUCCAUUGCUACAUAGUAAAGAGCAAUAGAACCAAUAGGAUAUAUCAAAAAGCCAUUGCAACACACAGCACAAUAAAAAAAGGCAGAAAGGGAUCGCAUACUUUUAGUCUCAACCCAAUUUAGGAGCUUUGUACUUAAACAGCUUCACCAUUCAUUUGCUUUACGACGUGACAAUUCGGCCUACAUUCGUGCGAGUCUACUAAACUUUCUGCCUCAACCUGCGACGCCCGUGUUUAUGAAUUUGUCCGGGCUGUUUUUUUUUUUCCUCUGCCCCUAGAAGGAAUAGCUCUGGAUUUUUCCACUUACACGGGACAACUGCCAAUUGAUCCCAGAUGUUUUAAACUAGAUCGCAGAUCUGGCCCGUGUUUGUGACUCGUAUAAUGCUUCUACCUCUCAGAAGUGCCAGUUCCUCUGUUUGCUCGGGUCCUUCGCUCUGCUCUGUCGCGCUGGAAAUCGCUUCCUUGUUGGUUCCUCUGAACAUUUGAGAAUAUGAAAAAAAUGUCAGAAAAAAGUUUUUUUUUCUUUCUUUAAAGGCAAAUAAGACUUCCUGUUGCUUUGGAAAGCAGGAAGUUAGAACACCAUUGGGACACAUUUUAGUUGCAAGCAGGAAUGCUUUAUGAAUAUGGUUCCAACUUUGCUGCAUGCCAGGACAUUUUUUUUUACACAGGAAGAGAGAGAAAAACCAGACAGGGAUUUGUAAACCCAUGUUGCGGGCGUGUCCCUUGGCUCUAAGCAAAAACACAUCCAUCCAUCCAUCCAUCCAUCCAUCCAUCCAUCCAUCCACUCAAAGCGCUGUCUGAAAUUCACAGGUUCAUAUAGAUUUGAUGGAUUCAGAUUGGGAAGAAAGCAUGAUGAAACCUUUCCGUUGCUGCAACACGUCAUCUGCUACCUACCUGUGUAUUUUUAUUUUGUUUUUUUUCUAGUAAAUGUAGAAAAUAUAUCAGUUUAGUGGCUAUCAUGUCUGUUAUACAUGUAUUCUUUCAAUAAAAUCAAACGAUUACGAUA